UGAGGGUUUAAAGGAAGAGGAGAAGCAGCAGGAAAUAGAGGAGGUAAAGGAAGAGACUAAGAAGGAGGUGGUGGAGGGGUUAAAGAAAGAAGAGAAACAGGAGGAGUUAAAAGAAGAGGAGAAGCAGGAGGAUUUGGAAGAGGUGGUAAAAGGUCUCCACUCUUCACCUCACAAUCAGAACGACAUCGGCAAUGAGAAAGAAACACAAGAGGAAUCGGAAUCUGUGUUCUCUGAGGCAGCCGAAAAGACUGAAAAGAGUCAGACUGAAAGCUUCCAGGCAGAAGAAGAGAGGAGGGAAGGGGAGUUACAGGAAGAGGAAAAACAGGAGGCAGUAGAGGUUAAGGAAGAGGAGAAGAGGGAGGUUGAAGUAAAACAGCAGGCAAAGGAUGUGGAGGACAAGACGAAGAGCAAAGAGGAAGAGGAGAGUCUUAAAUGUUCAAAUGAGCUUUGUUCUCAAUCUGUUCAAGAUGAAAAACACGACUCCGAGAAUGGAUCGAGUUCAGUUUAUGAGGGGACAAUACAAACAGGACAGGAUGACAGUGGUCACAUGUUAUCAGCCAGGACAGAAGAGAGUGAGAGGAUCUCCUUUGAAAGUGAUAAGGAUAGAAUACAGGAGGAGGGAAAGAUGAAAAAUGAAAUGGAAGAAAAAAGAAAUGAUGAUACUAAGGCUGAUGUGAGGGGAAAAGAACAAGAGGAGACAAAAAACAUUGAACAGAAUGAACACAUUAGUAGAAACAGUGCUAACGGCAUCUCUGAUCAGAAAGGAGAAAAUGAACACACAGACAAUGAGGUCCCAUAUUCAGGUGAGAAUGACCACAGGCUUCCUAUUGAAAGUUCAGAUCAUCUAUAUUCAGGCGAAACAAAAAAUGCAGACCUCUGUAACGAUGCAGAUAUGAAAUGUGCAGGUGAAACCAGCGACGCUGGGAAGAUAACAGAACAAAUACACUCUGACGAUCACAAUAGAGGGACAGCAGAGGCUGAAAGUGGAGGAGCGUUCGGUCUUUUCAAAAAUGCCUUCAACCUCUUCGGCGAAACGCCAACCACUGAAAUAAAGGAGUCAACAGAACCGGCGCCAAGUUUGGAUACCAGCACAGGUGAGACAUCUCAGCCCCAAGCCUCUUUGACUCCUGAGCAAGAACCGGAUUCCGCUACUCCUACAAGUCAAGACUCUCCUGCCAUUGCCGAGAUCCAGCCAUCAUCUCCCUCCCAAACGCAGACCCCUUCUCAUCCCAGCGUUCUAUCUCCGAACACCGAAGCGCCCCUCAAACCGAAAACUGCCUCCAAACAUUACAAGACCCUCCUCGCCCAUAUGAGCGCGGAUGACACGACUAUUUUGGAGGAACUCUUUGGGCAACACAAGCUGCAGUUUUUGGAUUACAUUCUGGGCCGCUCAGAACCCGCGACUGAAGACCUUGAUGAUGAUGAGUCUAUAUUGUUGGAUAUAGAAACACUUCUGCAUCACCGCAGGGAUACACUCUUCGCUCCGAGUAUGAAGCUCACAGAUGCACCGCAGGAGGACAAGGAAAAGACCAGAACACUCAUCGCACUUCAGAAACUAGAAAUGCUGCUGAAAAGAGUGAGAGAGACAUUCAACACACGAAAAUCAGACAUCAUUCGAGCAAACCGUCAAGGUGAGGCCAGCUGUGUCGGUGCAUCCUGUUCAGCACACAGCAAAGAUCGGGAGGUGACUGCGGGCGACGAGUCAAGAAAGACAGGUGAUGCUUCUGUAGGCCUGAAUGACAACAUUGGCAGAGAUGAAGGGAUGGAGGAGGAGAAAGAGAGGGAUGGACAACUGAGUGGAGGCACAGGAAAAGAGAAGGAAACUGAGAAAAGAGGAGAGAUGGAAAGAGGAGGUGAAGAAGAGAGAAUGCCCCCCAAGGAGACGGGUAGUAAGGUGUCUCACAAUCAGCCCGGAUCACCACAGUCACAGAAAGGGGUAAUGAAGCAGAUUCUGGACUUUGUUCAUCAGAUUGCUGAAGAUUCAUUCACUCAUGUUUGUGCAGUGAGGAAGCUCCUCAUAUGGCUUACUGUGCAGGUUGUAUCUUCGCUGCCUGAUGACAUCAGACCUGGGCCUGACCUGUACGGGGUGCCAUGGGAACCAGUCAUCAUCUCCAGUCUUGUUGGGCUGGUGACAAUGCUGUUGUUCAGCUGUAGAUGUUAUAGCUCUGUCAAAAGCAGAAUGUAUCGAAGUAGAGAGCGGUGGAUGGCUGAGCAGGUUGCACAGCUCCUGGAUGAGAAGUGUAAAGUCCUUGAGACUCUCAGCACAUGUCAACAAGAGUAUGAUGAACUGGAGACCUCACUGAGGGACAGCGGUGUCUUGGCCCAAACUCAAAAGACAGAACAUCUGGAGGGCAAAACCCGACAGUUGGAACAUGCUAAAAGAGAGCUGGAGAGGGAUCUAGAUCAACUUAAGGAUCAGCUGGACCAGCAGAGAGAACACAGGCUAGAGCAAGAAAGGAGGAUAGCAGCGCUCGAGGAGAGCAUGAAAACAUGUGAGGAAGAAACCAAGGACCUCCAGUCACAGGAAGAACAGGCACAAACCACUCUGAAAGUGUACAGCAUGAACAGUGACAGACUACAGAGGAACCUGGAAACAGCUGGAGAGGAGAACACACUGCAACAGGAGAGCAACGCUCAGUUACGGCAGCAGGUGGAGGGAUGGGCAGAGCGAGUGAGUGAGUUGGAGGAGGAGAUGAGGAGGUGUGAGGUCGCCUACAGCGGGAUGGUUCAGGAUGUGGCCAACAAAGAUGAGCGUAUAAUGUCCUUAACGGAUCGGCUGCUGAGAAUGAAAGCAUGGGAUUCAGACCUGGAAGAAGAACGGGGUGAGGAAGGAGGAGAGGAGACGUCCAAUGGGACAGCAGGAAAAGGAGAGGAGAAUGGAAGAGGGGACGAAUCACAAGGCCACCUCCAGAAAGUCCAGAAACUCAUUUAUGCUGCUAAGCUGAAUGCAGACCUCAAAUCAGUCGAUGAAGACAAGGACAGAACAUUUGCCAAACUGAAUGAUGAAGUCAAAGCUAAAGAAGAGCUGGAAGUGAGCAUCAAGGAGCUGGAGAAUGAGAAAUUAUCUCUGCAGUCAGACAGUGAGAACUACUCAGAUCAGGUGCAACGAUUACAACAGAAGCUCAAUAUUAUGACAGAGAUGUACCAGGAGAACGAGCUCAAGCUGCACAGACUGCUGACAGUGGAGGAGAAGGAGCGCCUGCAGAAAGAAGAGAAGUUAAACAAAGCGGACAAAAACAUUGCAUUGGCCAUGGAGGAACUUCAGAACUACAGACAUCGUGCAGAAGAGAUGGAGGAAGAGCUGGAGAAAACCAAACAGUCUUACCAGACCCAAAUAUCAGCACAUGAGAAGAAGGCUCACAAUAACUGGCUGGCAGCCCGAGCAGCAGACAGAGAACUAUCAGACACCAGGAGAGAAAACGCCCUCCUCAGACAGAAGCUGACAGACACACAGUUUAAAAUGGACGCCCUCGACAAAGAUCCCUACGCCUUGGAAAGUCUGGCUAGACCACUGCCUUUCCGAGCUGAAAGGUCACCGUACGGUCCUUCUCCUCUGGGUCGACCCGCAUCUGAAACCAGAGCUUUCCUGUCUCCUCCCACACUGAUGGAGGGACCACCUGCUAGACUGUCUCCUAGAGUGGAGCCCCCUGGUGGCUAUGGGGACAUGGAGCGGAGCGGAGGUCCUCACUCAGACAGCGGCUCAAUCUCUCCUACAUGGGAGAGAGAACGCAGGGGACCCCCGCCAGGACCCCUCGGGCCCCUAGGACCUCCAGGCUACAUGUUUCCAGAACCAGGAGGUCCCAUGUACAGGAGACCUCUUCCUCCUCCAGGACCGAUGGGCAUUCUGCCUCCUCCUGGCUCCCUCCCACUCGGCCCUCCUCUUCCCCAUCCUAGGGGCCUCCCUCCUCCUGGCCCCCCAGGACGCCCCCACCCUGCAGACAUGGCAGAUGGCUCAUUCAGAGAGAACAGCCUUGGACCUGGUGAACAAGAUCACAGAGAGUCUGGUCCUAGUGAUCGAAGGACUCCCCCUGAAGCAGAUCCAAGGAUGGGGGGCGCACCCCCUCCUGGCCCACCCAUGGGCCCCAUGGACGGUCCCUUUCCUCGUAGAGCCCCCUAUGGACCCCCACCUCCUGACUUCUAUCCUCCCAGGGGACCGGGGGGGCCUCCCAUGAUGCCUAUGUGGGCUCCUCCACCUCCAGGCAUGAUGUUCCCUCCCCGUUUCCCUCCCGGUGGACCACCUCACCCUCACAUGCCCUCCUACGGCCCUCCGAUGCGGCCCCCUCCGCCCGAUGACCUCCCGCCUCCUUCCAUGGGUCCUCGCCCACACAGCCAGUCGCCAGAGGAGCACACACCCUCGCCUCAAGACGUCAUUUGAACUUACCCAUAUUUCCACUUGAGCCAAGAUGUGUUUCUGGUUAAUGUUCAGUCAGCAUUAGAUGGAUGGUGGGCAGGCAGCUUUUUCCACCUUUUUCUUUUCUGUAACAACUAUUUAUUAAGCAGGUGGAUGUAUUUAAUGAUAGUGUCAAUGGAGGAGAAACUAUUAGCCAUCAGUAACCCGUUUUGUUCUUAGGCUCUGUCUUUCUCCUCCAUUUACAUCCUGUCUUUUCUCUCUUCUGCCUUGUCAUUUUCCUUCUUUCUUCCUUCCUUUCUUUUACUCUCAUGCUGCCACAAUCAUCAUCCAGCUGCAUUCCCUGUCAGGUAGUCCCUGUUGUUGUGGAGUCAUGGUGUCAGCAAUUUCACAUAUAAUGGAAAAGUAUCACACAACAAGGGUUGUAGUGAGGUACUGAUCACUGAAAGUAGACUUGAGAGUAGGUAAAAAAAAAAGUGUUCCACACUCUGGCUCCAUAUUCAUUUCUCUUUUAUUUAAAUGACGUUUCGGCCCUCAGGCCUUCUUCAAGAUCAAUAAUAAUCAAUCAUUAAAUGUCAUCUAAAUAAAAAAAGAAAUGCAUAUGGAUCCAGAGUGUGCGACAACUAUUUCACAGCCAGGAGCACAGCAGCUUAAUCUCGUGUACGUGUGUAUAUUUAUGCGGGAGAUGUUGCCAUGUGAAGCAGAAACAGUUGUUUGUUUGCUUGACAAUGCCAGAAAGGUUUUUAAUUGAACAUAGGACAACAUGUGUGCAUGUAGGAACGCUGUAUAUGUGGUUGGUUUUGAGAAUGGAGCAUUUUAUGUCAGUGGUCAACAUUUCAUGCUGAUGACAGAAAAGAAGCUGUCAGGGAGGAAAUACUUAUAUCUUUUUAGGCUAAAUGCAUUAUAUUUUGUCAUACCAAGACUCAUUGAACAUUGUCAUCUUAAUUUAAAAAAAAUAGCCAUUUAGCAUCUGCUUUGUUGUUGUUGUUGUUGACACGGAUUUUACUACACUUUGUCAGAUCACAUUUAGUUUUGUUUUGUCAGACUGAGUUGAACUGAACUGAGUUGGUCUUAAACACCCAUAAAUACUCCUCAUAGGUCAAAUGAGACAUUUUCUUGAAAUAUAAUUACAGUGCAUAACUUAAUUUACUGGCUUUCUUGUGGGAUUUUGAAGAUUCGUCAUAAAAGCUACUUCUUCAAACAGAGCAGCAAGUAAACAGUGCUUUUGAUCUUGUUACAAUGACUUACAUAUGGCCUGGCUUGAAUAAAGUGGCUUAUAAUAGCCAUUUGUAUUUUCUUGAAGUAAGCUGUGACUUGUUAGUCACAGAGUGGUGAAUCAAAUGGACUGACUGGAAGAGUGGCUACUUUCAAAGCUAGAAUGGCUCUGAAGGUAAACACAGGCAGAAUGACAUUCAUGUGAAUUUUGUAAAAAGUGAUUAUUAAUAGAUGAAUAAAGAUUGUCAAAUUGU